AUGGCAUAUGUUGUGAGUUCUAUGCCGCAACAACCCGUGGUCUCCGAACAGAGGCCGCAGGGUCAUCGGAACGGCGUGGCGCGACCCGUCCUGGAGAUCGAGCGCUUGGGGCGCAACGACGAGGAGGGCUCCUUCACCCAAUUCGGCAGAGCUCUCGGGCCGUCUGCGCAAUCGCAUCCAGCCUGGGGCUAA